AGCAAGAGCUGGCAGCAAUGGGGCCCGGAGCUUCAGGGAACCUGCUCAGGAUGGAGAGAGCUCCGCGCUCAGCCCUGGGCCCUGAAGUUAGUCUGCAUGCCUACGACAUUGGGGUGGUGGUCACCUACUUUGUCUUCGUCACUGCUGUGGGGAUCUGGUCGUCCAUCCGUGCAAGCCGAGGGACCAUUGGGGGCUACUUCCUGGCGGGAAGAUCCAUGAGCUGGUGGCCGAUCGGAGCAUCUCUGAUGUCCAGCAAUGUGGGAAGCGGCUUGUUCAUCGGUCUGGCCGGGACAGGGGCUGCUGGAGGCCUUGCUGUGGGAGGCUUUGAGUGGAAUGCAACCUGCCUGCUCCUGGCCCUCGGCUGGAUCUUUGUCCCCGUGUACAUCGCAGCCGGUGUGGUCACGAUGCCUCAGUACCUGAAGAAAAGGUUCGGGGGCCAGAGAAUCCAGAUUUACAUGUCCGUCUUGUCUCUCAUCCUCUACAUCUUCACCAAGAUAUCGACUGACAUCUUCUCUGGAGCCCUCUUCAUCCAGAUUGCCAUGGGUUGGAACCUCUAUCUCUCCACGGUGAUUCUGCUGGUGGUGACAGCUGUCUACACCAUCGCAGGGGGCCUCACAGCAGUGAUCUACACGGAUGCUCUGCAGACAGUGAUCAUGGUUGGGGGAGCCCUGGCCCUUAUGUUUCUGGGUUUUCAGGAGGUGGGCUGGUACCCAGGCCUACAGCAGCGGUACAUGGAGGCCAUCCCCAAUGUCACAGUUCCCAAUACCACCUGUCACCUCCCAAGGCCCGAUGCCUUCCACAUGCUUCGGGACCCUGUGAGUGGAGACAUCCCAUGGCCAGGUCUCAUUUUUGGGCUCACAGUGCUGGCCACCUGGUGUUGGUGCACAGACCAGGUCAUUGUGCAGAGGUCUCUAUCUGCCAAGAAUCUGUCCCAUGCCAAGGGAGGCUCCGUGCUGGGGGGCUACCUGAAGAUCCUCCCUAUGUUCUUCAUUGUCAUGCCUGGCAUGAUCAGCCGGGCCCUGUACCCAGAUGAGGUGGGCUGCGUGGACCCUGACAUCUGCCAAAGAGUCUGUGGGGCCCGAGUCGGAUGUUCCAAUAUCGCCUACCCCAAGCUGGUCAUGGGUCUCAUGCCCAUUGGUCUGCGGGGCCUGAUGAUUGCCGUGAUCAUGGCGGCCCUCAUGAGCUCGCUCACCUCCAUCUUCAACAGCAGCAGCACCCUGUUCACCAUCGACGUGUGGCAGCGCUUCCGUAGGAAGGCAACCGAGCAGGAGCUGAUGGUGGUGGGCAGGCUGUUUGUGGUGUUCCUGGUUGUCAUCAGCAUCCUCUGGAUCCCCAUCAUCCAGAGCUCCAACAGUGGGCAGCUCUUUGACUACAUCCAGGCUGUCACCAGCUACCUGGCUCCACCCAUCACUGCUCUCUUCCUGCUGGCCAUCUUCUGCAAGAGGGUCACAGAGCCUGGAGCCUUCUGGGGCCUCAUGUUUGGCCUGGGAGUGGGGCUUCUGCGCAUGAUCCUGGAGUUCUCAUAUCCAGCCCCAGGCUGUGGUGAGGUGGACAGGAGGCCAGCCGUGCUGAAGGACUUCCACUACCUGUACUUUGCCCUUCUUCUCUGUGGACUCACUGCCAUUGUUAUUGUCACCAUCAGCCUCUGUACAACCCCCAUCCCUGAGGAAAAGCUUGUUCGUCUGACCUGGUGGACAAGGAAUUGCACCCGCCCUGAGCUGGAGAAGGAGGCCUGUGAGAAUGAGGAGAGCGCACCAGGGCUGGCAGAGGGGGCACCUGGGGAGUGUCCUGCAGGAGGCGGAGCAGCAGGGGACCUGAUGGAGGAAUUGGAGCAGGUUGGAGCCCCACACAGGUCCUGGGGAAAGCUGCUCUGGAGCUGGUUCUGUGGGCUCUCCAGGGUCCCUGAGCAAGCUCUGAGCCCAGCAGAGAAGGCUGCACUAGAGCAGAAACUGACCAGCAUUGAGGAGGAGCCAUUGUGGAGAAGCGUCUGCAACAUCAACGCCAUCCUCCUACUGUCCAUCAACAUCUUCCUCUGGGGUUAUUUUGCAUAA